CUCUCUCUCUCACCUCCUCUCUCUCUUUCUCUGUCUCUCUCUCUCUCUCUUACAUUAGAGCUUUCCAUCUUUUGCUUGCAUCGCACUCGCUUUGACAGUGUUAAAUGAAAGCGCUCAUCAUGGCGCGUAUCGUAGUAGUUUUUGCGCACCUGUACCCAGCUGUGUUUAUUGCUUUCGCGUGGAUGUCACUGUUCGGACCGAUUUCAUGUCAAAGCAACGUCAUAAACCGGAGAAACGAUGUGGACCAAGAGCUUGACAGCCGCGGUGGACAUGCCAUUGGCAGAGAUGAAACGCUUAUCCCGGCGCAAGAGCACGGAGAUUACAGCGGGGACCCGGGCGGAGCGGCCAUGGGAGUUCCCCGAGUCCGGAGGGCAUCGACUUCGGAGAAAGUCUCUCUUGUCAGCAGCUCUUUCGUCCUUAAAGGGGAUGCCACCCACAACCAGGCAAUGGUUCACUGGACGGGUGAGAAUAGCAGCGUCAUCCUCAUUCUCACUAAAUAUUACCAUGCAGAUUCCAACAAAGUUCUUGAGAGUUCCCUCUGGAGAUCAAGCGAUUAUGGGACAACCUACACCAAGCUUAACCUGAUGCCUGGGACGACCAUCAUUGUCACAAACUUUUACAUUUGUCCCACCAAUAAGAAAAAGGUGAUCUUGGUGGGCUCCAACAUUAAUGAGCGUGACCAGAUGUUCUUCAUUAGCACAGAUGAGGGCUCUUCUUUCCAACGACAGCCCGUUUCCUUCAACGUGGAAAGUCUUCUCUUCCAUCCGUCUGAGGAAGACAAACUCCUGGCCUACAGCAAAGAAGCCCAGCUGUAUGUCUCCACUGAUCUGGGACGCAAGUGGACUCUACUACAGGAGCAUGUUACUAAAGAUCGAGUUUUCUGGGCUGUGACGAAGGUGGAUGUGGAUCCUGAUUUGGUUCAUAUGGAGAUUCAGGACAUUGGUGGAGGAUACCUUUAUGUGACGUGUCUCAUCCAGAAUUGCACAGAUAAAAUGGUGACAGCACAGUUCCUUGGAAAGAUUGACCACAAUUCCCUCUUAGUGCAAAAUGAUUACAUAUUUGUGAAGGUAACCACAGGAAAUCGCACCAAGCAUUAUGUCUCGUACCGGAGGAAUGAAUUUGUACAGAUGAGAUUUCCAAAAUACGCCCUUCCGAAGGAUGUGCAAAUUGUGAGUACGGAUGAGAAUCAAGUAUUCCUGGCUCUGCAGGAAUGGCAUCAGACAGACACGUACAACCUCUACCAGUCAGAUCCACAGGGCGUUUAUUACUCCAUUGUGCUGGAGAACGUCCGCAGCACCAAACAGCCUGAAGAGAAUGUCCUCAUUGACAUCUUAGAGGUUCGUGGGGUUAAAGGUGUAUUUCUGGCCAAUCAGAAAGUGGAUGGAAAAGUCACGACUCUUAUCACUUAUAACAAAGGCAGAGAUUGGGAACGUCUUGCUCCGCCCACAACUGAUAUGAAUGGAAAACCUGUGAAUUGCAAGCAGCCCGAUUGUCACCUCCAUCUCCACUUGCGAUGGGCUGACAACCCGUACGUGUCUGGAACAGUGCACACUAAAGACUCUGCCCCGGGCCUGAUAAUGGGUGCAGGUAACCUGGGUUCUCAGCUGGUUGAAUAUAAAGAGGAAAUGUACAUCACCUCAGACUGUGGCAAAAACUGGAGGCAGGUGUUUGAGGAGGAACAUCAUAUUCUCUACCUGGAUCACGGUGGUGUCAUAGUGGCCAUUAAGGACACCUCGAUUCCUUUAAAAAUACUCAAAUUCAGCAUUGAUAACGGAAGAACAUGGAGUGUCCACAACUUCACCAGCACUUCUGUAUUUGUGGAUGGACUUCUGAGUGAACCUGGUGACGAGACAUUGGUUAUGACGGUAUUUGGCCACAUAAGUUACCGUUCAGAUUGGGAGCUGGUGAAGGUGGAUUUCCGCCAGUCUUUUCCCAGACAGUGCACGGAAGAUGAUUAUGACUCUUGGAAACUCACUGACUUGCAGGGAGAGAAAUGCAUCAUGGGCCAGGAACGAAUGUACCGGAGAAGGAAAGAGUCAUCGUUUUGCAUUAAAGGGAAGAGCUAUACAUCAGCUCUAACUACUAAACCUUGCCAGUGUACAGAGAAAGACUAUGCCUGUGACUACGGUUUUGAGCGAGCUCUCAGCCUCAAGUUAGAUGGUGAUCGCUGUUAUCCUGACUUCUGGCACGAUCCUGACGCUCCACCUGAAAACUGUCAUUUAGGACACAGUUAUAAAUCCAGCACAGGUUAUCGGAAGGUCAUCACUAAUGUUUGUGAGGGCGGGGUGAACAAAGAGCAGAGCGCAAAGCAGCAUUCUUGCCCUCUGCUGCCCCCUAAAGGCCUGCAGCUGGGUAUUAAAGGACAGAUGUUGGCAGUGGCACCUGGGGAUGACAUCACCUUUAUAGUCCAUCAAGAACAGGGAGAUACCACAAGCACCAAAUAUCAGGUGGAUUUAAUGGAUGGUGUCAGGACUAUAUAUGAAAACCUGACUGUCACAGAUGAACCCAUUCAGCAUCGUUAUGAGAAGCCAGGUGUUUAUCGUGUCAACGUAAAGGCUGAAAACGCUGUUGGACACGACCAAGCCACCCUGUACAUCCAAGUCAUAGCUCCUCUACAAGAUGUCCAUCUGGAGGUGGUACCAAUUGCUGGCAGAAACCAAGAAGUAAAUCUCACAGCUAUAGUGCUGCCUACUGAGGCAAACCUAACAGUGUUUUACUGGUGGAUUGGAGAUAACCUUCAGCCAAAACUGACCUUGGAGAACAGUCUGGUUGUGAGGUUCUCUGAAGAGGGUGCAGUUCCUGUGACGGUCCAGGCAUCUAAUGGUCGCUCCAUGGUGCAGGACAGCAAGACAGUUCAUGUUUAUGAUCGUUUCCAUAUCAUUCCACUGAGUUUCAGUCGUAAUUUGGACCACUUUAAUCCAAACAUCCCUGAAUGGAGACAUGAUGUGGGGCAGGUCAUCACAAAGCUUCUCGCUAAGCUCACAGGGAUUCCUCAUGAUUUAUUGGUUACCAUGGUGAAGCCAGGGUUUCCCACCACUGCGGACCUGUAUGUUCUUCCUCAAGAUGGUACACCAGUUAAAAGGAGUGUGUUUGUGGACAAGCGUGUUACCACCAUAAAGCAGGUUUUAAGUGAGAAUAAUGUGAGCUUCAUUGUGAGAGGAGGGCUCAGAGUGUUGGUGACUUUGGCAAAUUCAGACGCAGGACCUGUAACUACUGACUUAUCUCCAAACCCUGCAGAGUCUGUCACACAAAUGGCUUCAUCCUCACAAGGUUCUCGUAUGGGUGCAGCAGGUCCUGGUAUUUGGGCUCUGGUUAUUAUGCUCCUCAUUGGCUUGAUCUCUCCUGUAGCAUUCAUACUCUAUAAGUUUAAAAGGAAAAACUACAAAAACCAUGGUUCCUUGCUGAGGCCAAAGGAGAGCAGCCUAACCCAUCCCUGGCUGCGUUUCAGAAAACUGCCAGGGCGAAACGUCUACGCCCAGAUGCACAAUGACAAGGAGCAGGAAAUGACCAGCCCUGUCAAUCACAGUGAGGACACACAUAAUAUCAUCCAGGACGAGAACUACAUCGAUGAUGGCCUCGAGUCGCAGACUCUAGGUAACGCUGGAGGCAACCAUUCAGGGGUGGUGUUGAACAUAAAUGCAAGGGAGCUGCACAGUUUCCUGACGAGCUGAUGACCAAUGGGAGGGUGCCAGUGAUGAGCACAAUAGACUUUGCCUUCCUGCUCUCUCCAGCUCUGUCCCUACAGACACCCUUACAGGAGAGAAACACCUGCACCAAACCUUCUCUUCCUCUCUCGACCUUCUCUCUGUUCCAGCCUCUGUUCCCUCACUACUGAAGGUGGAUUUUUGUACCCAACCAACUGUGGCCAGGUUGCACUGUCGACGUACGCUUGCAGACAUUUCUCAUCUGCAUAUCAUGCAGUCUGUCUCAUCUCACUUCCUCUUCUCAUUACGGGACUUAGGAAAGGCCCCUACAUGUCACUGCACUUCUUAAUGCCCAGGGACAAACACGUUGACCAAACACUUUGUUUCAUCUGUUCUCACUCUGAUUUCUGCCACUCUUUCAUUAUUCCUGUGUAUGUUAAUACUGUUUUAGACUCUUAGGCCACUGAGGUGUCGUGUUCAUUACUCAAACUACACUCUGUAAAUGAAUGCAGUGCAGAUGUGGUGCAACGCACGUAGCAAGCAAGAUACGAUAUUAUACAUUUGAUUCAGGGGAAGCAUUGUUUGUUAGAUAUAGCCAAAGGGAAUACACAAAGGGUAUUUUACACUGUCACUUCGCUUUCUUUUGUUUUGAUUUUAUUUGAAACGUUCAAUUUUCAAAUGCAAUAACACAACGCGACUUUCUCUCUUGCUUUCAGUCAGUAACAAUAUAUUAUUUUUUUCUUUUUAUGAACAUACUAUGCAGUAAAGUCAAAUUUGUAUUUUUUUGCCUGGCUCUACAUCAGUUACCAUGUUACUGUCCUCUCCUGCCCUACAUUAUUUAUAUCUAUAGUGCAGUUAAUAAUUGCUACGACAAUGCAGAGCUUAUUAACAAUAAUUACAUUGAUCCCAGUUAUGCAAAGUGAAAAUAUUGGGCAUUGGGUCAAAACGGAGAUAACUUUGGUGUUGGAAUCACUUUGGUGUUGGUGGAAAACCUGCACCAAAACAAUAAUAAGUGGCUUUCACAAGCAUAAAGAGUUGGCUAUAUUUUGUAGCCCCUCAUUUUGGGGCCAGUUAAAAAAUGUCCCCAGUCCCCCCAACAACACAGCUUCAUUUUUUUGUUUGUUCUCCGAGCCUUCAUAUAUUGUUUUAAAUAAAAAAAACUCUAGGAACUGCUGUGCCAAAUAUUCAUCUCUUUUAGAUCAUAAUCCGUCUUUUCAUUGCAUAACGAAACAAUAUCUCGUAACAAAUCAAAGCUCAUUAUUCAUGGGCGUCGAAACCAAUAUAUGUGGGUGGGACAAGACCCCCUUUUUAAGACCAAUCAUAUUGGACCCACUUACUUUUACUGUCUUUAAAGGGACACUUCACCCAUUUGCAUUAAGCUUUGUAUAGUUAGAACCCCAGUCAUGUUUUUGAAUGGUUGUGCAUCAUUUCCUCGGUUGCCGCUGAGACAGGAGAAAUACAGAUUUCAGUGUUGCACUUCCUUCUUUCAAUGAUGUAAAAAUCAUCAUUUUGCAUCAUUGAAAGCAGGAAGUCCAAUAUCUUUGUUGAGGGGGUGAGACUACAAACACUCCUUUUCUCGGUCAAAUAGGCACCAAAUUCGAAAUGUAUGUUACAUUUCAACUGCAAAUAUGACACACUUUCAAUAAAGAUUAAUGUUUCUACGGGUGAAAUGCUCCUUUAAUCCCGCGCUUAUGCCUGUUUACUUGUUUGAGCAUUGUCAGCCAUAUCCAUUCAAACUUAAAGAGUUUUUUUACCUUAAAAUAACGUUUCCAAAAAAGUUUCACUCGAAACAGGGUGAACGGCACUUUCACAUUCGCUUUGCAGUGCUCUAUCGGCCAAAACCGCACUAAAGAAGUUUCCAACCGUCGGGUCGCGGUCCUGUAGUUCGAGUGAAAACUACAAAAACUUGCUUUACGGCAGACCUACAAUCCAAUCAGAGCCAGCUUUGCUGCAGUAGGCUAAAUUAUUUACGACAGUGGUAAUGGACAAUACAGCUUCCAACCUGUAGGGGGAGCAAAGAGCAAAAACUCUUUAGUGUUGCUUUAAGGAACACCCUGGCAUAAUAAAUCAAACUCCAUUCCGCAUUUUAGCUACAGCCUUGACUGUCACAUUGCUGAAUCCUCAAAUACAUUCCAGUCCAUAUAAAUUAAUUUUGUUUUUUCACUACUUUUCGCAUCCUUCAUUCCCAAGACACUGCAAGGUUUUAAGUAAACAAAGCUUUUAGGCUUUAAAAAGCAAUUGUUUAAUCACGUCACCAGAAUACAAAAAAUAAGUCGUUUUUGGGGGACCCACCCACAUUUUUUUUUUGCUUCUGACGCCAAUGUCAUUAUCCAUCGUGUUGAAAAGCAUAUACUUUAAUUAUUUGACCCACAAACAUCAGUCAUCAAAUCUUGACAGGGAGUCACCACAGAAAGAUCCAGAGUAGCAUUUGCUAUCUGUGUGAGGAGUUUAAUGGUGUAGUGUGUAUAAGCCUAUAUUAGGCAUAGUUGGACAUGGUUAAGUUCCCUUUCAUUUAGCUAGUGUAUAUAUAACAAUGUGUACAUAGAAUCUUCAGUUGUAUAUAGCCCCAACACUUUCAAUAGACCAAAAUGUGCACUGUUUUCCCCAAAUGCCUCGCACUGGGUUUUCUUGAAGUUCAGGAUUUCUAUAUGAACAUUACAUUGGUAACUUGUCUUUCACUUCUUUCCUCAGCGUUGUUUACUGUAGGUUAUACCAUAUAACAUUUCACUACAUUUAUAACAUUGACACACUGAGAGUUUGUCCACUGUGUCCUUGUGUGUAUACUGAUAUUAUUUGGACAUUUUAUGGGUUCAUAUUUCAAUCAAGGUAGGUAACUGGAUGAACUGACUAAAUGUUUUCUCUCUGUUGUGUUAAGAGGUGAAUGGAUGAGGGUUUCUCACUUGCACUAACCACAUUGUUGUUGUUGUACAGCUUGUAUAGUGUUGUUCAGGUGGGUUCAGGGACCACAUUUCAGUUGUCUGUAAGUCCAGCACAUACAGUAUGUGAAUGAGUAUGGCGCUGUGUCUUGAUCGUAUGUAAAGGGAAAUGGUUUGGGAGAUCUUGAUUGAAUGCAGUCUUUAUAUUGAUGGUUUACAGGGUCACUGUUUUUUUUAGUGAAGCUUAAGCUAAGCAGAUUAUGGUAUGUGGUUUAAGUACGAUUAAGAUCACCGCUUAAUGAUAAGUAAAUGUGAAGUCACUCAGCAUAAACCAAAAGGAAAGAUGGCCUCCCUACACUGACUGGAAAGUUUAUGCUAAUGUUUGUCAAUAAUAAUCAAUUAUAUACAAUGCAAACAGUGUGAACUCAUUGCACCAAGUUAUGUAGGGCUGUGUCAUAUAUAUAUUUUCACCCCCCUUUAAGUGAAAUAAACGAAAAUCUUGGAUGUUAUUCACAUUAUAAGAUGUUUCAGUAACUCUUUUGUUUUAAAGACUGCACACAAGGCGUUACUUGCGAUCCAUGUUUUGAAGCUCACCUUUACAGACUCAACUAUUGUGAACGAAUACACAGUUAAAUUGAUUUUGUUUUUUAUUUGUUUGUUUUUUAUAAUGUAAAUGUUUUGACUCCACUACAAAAAGAGAGAAGCACUUAAUCAGUGUGUCUGAAUUCAAACACACCAUAACUGUAUAAGUUUGUUUUGUUAGUUUGAGCUGUUUAAUAAACUUUUAACAUUGUUCAUGAA